AUGUCUGCGCACUACCAGACCGCCACCUACUCCAUGCCCAUCCACGUCCCGGGCAAGGGCAAACAGUACCCGGCCUACAGCCAGUACUCCAUGUCCCCGCCCGAGUGUGACGACUCGGCCUCGUCCAUCUCGGGCGUGCCCUCAUACUCCCACACCGGCUUCUCCAGCGCCUCCGCCACCAGCUACCUCCCCGGCAGUGCCGUCUCCUCCAGCACCGGCGCCGAGUUUGACAGUGCCGGCUCCGCCAGCGGCGUCGACUUUCAGGAUUACAUGCAGGAUCGCUUCUCCCAUUCCUUUAACCCCAUCCCUCUCGACCGCAGCAUGGCCGUCCAAGCCCAAACUUCUGGCAAGCUCAAUGCCAAGCACCGUGAGCUCCUGGAUCUGCAGAGACAGGCACAGGCUCGCCUGGCUCGCACCCGCGAGCGAUUCUCAGAAGGCAUGCGCGAUGCGCGCGAAGUUCGCGGCGACCUCGAGUGGACGCAAAAGAAAGUAUCAGCGCUCAACACCAAAGCCGCACGCAUGCACCCCAAGGAGUACGCCAAGGCUCGCGCCAGAUUUCCGUCUCCCGAAUGCUAG